AUGCGAGUAGUUCAAACAUCGCUUAUUCCUGAACUCGCCCCUGGAAACAAGUACACAGGGAUAACUAGAUUAUUCAAUGCCGAUCAUGGAAAGAGGCAGUGGAACUUCAGAUCCAGUCAGAAGACGACAAACGAAAACAUUAAGGCUGACGCUGAGCUCUUUGACUGUCCCCCCAGUCGCGCUUUUGACACUUACUUCAUCAGCAAUGGAGAAGAAACAGAAAUAUGGAAGGGACGUAAUCCUCUCUUGUUCGAAUGCGCAUCUUCUCAGCGUGCAAAAAAUGUGUAUUGCUCCGUGAUACACAACUGCAUAUGUCAACCAGCAGAGCUACAAAUCCUAUGUAACUGCAUGGACAACAGCAUCACGGCACUGUUCGAAAAACAGCACGAAAAUCGCCUACCUGUACGACAACCUUGGGUGUUUUUUGACAAGUCUAGGCGAGACCCUAGCUCUGUCAGCGCACUCAUACCAACCUUGAUCACGGCAGAACUCUUGGUCACAGUUAAAGAAGAUAUUAACAUGAUCACUAAGGAAGUAUCGAACAUGACCUGCAAGAUAGGUAACGCGAUGGCUCAAGGAUGCUAUCAGUAA